UUCUGUAGAGAAAAAAAGCGACAACUUCCGGUAAAGUACUGUUUUUUUCCCAUCUUUAUUUUUUGGUAGGAUGUCUGUGGUUGUGUCCUUCGCAAUAGAGAAAUCCUUAUAGCUUUUGCUUUGUUAAUUCGACUCGGCGCACACAGCAACGUGACAAACUUUUGAACGUCAUUAUUAACAUGUUUUGUAAAUGUGCAGCGAAAGCGUCAAGUGCGCUGCGGCCUUUGCAUCCUCGGUGUGGAAUAUUAACGUUGCCCGCUCUAAACAAUACUGCAUCGGGCAGCGGAACGUUCUGGUCACGGACAUGCAAACGGGAAUCAAGUAACGUUAACUCCGCAUGGAAUUCCAAGGUUCCUCAGGCGCCCACAUGGGAGCCCAUAGCAGAAAAUCAACUUCCAUCGCCAACAAGAGUCUCCCCAGAUUUAGUGGACAAAUUGGAGAGAUUAGCCCUCGUUGACUUUGGCAGUAAAGAAGGGGUGGACUGUCUGGAGAAAGCCAUUCGAUUCGCUGAUCAGCUUCAUGUCAUUAAUACUGAUGGCGUGGAGCCGAUGGAUUCAGUUCUAGAGGACAGAGAGCUGUAUUUGAGAGAUGAUUUGGUAACAGAGGGUGAAUGUGCGGAGGAGCUGCUCCAGCUGGCCAAACACACUGUAGAGGAGUACUUUGUUGCACCUCCAGGGAACAUCCCACUGCCUAAGAGAGAAGAGAGAUCUGCUAUGCUUAAAGACUCUGAAUUUUGACUGAAAUGUAACAUUAGAUCUGACUUGCAUUAUAAUAAAUAUUUAUUUUUA